GAUGUUGCGGAUCCAUGAAGAAGAGGACCAUCGUCGGCGGCUAUGCCUUCACGUGGUGGUUCGUCACCGACGUGCAACGACUCUCCCUCGAAGUCAUGACACUGAACCCUGUCUGCGAAAACGUGGAAACUGCCCAGGGAGUGCCUCUGACCGUCACCGGAGUAGCACAGUGCAAGAUCAUGAAGGCGGAUGAACUUCUGCACACUGCCAGCGAACAGUUUCUGGGGAAAAGCGUUUACGAAAUCAAGUCGACCAUCCUCUCGACCCUGGAGGGUCAUCUUCGUGCAAUAUUAGGCACGUUAUCCGUGGAAGAGGUGUACAAGGAUCGAGAUCAAUUCGCGACGCUGGUGAGAGAGGUAGCCGCGCCAGACAUCGGCCGCAUGGGUAUCGAGAUUCUGUCGUUCACGAUAAAAGACGUCUACGACGACGUUCAAUACUUGGCGUCGCUUGGCAAGGCACAAACUGCGGCUGUUAAACGGGACGCCGACGUCGGCGUCGCAGAGGCGAACCGCGACGCUGGCAUUCGGGAAGCAGAAUGCGAGAAAGCAGCAAUGGAUAUAAAGUACAAUACCGACACGAAAAUCGAGGACAACGCCAGACUCUUUCAGCUGCAGAAGGCGAAUUUCGAUCAGGAGGUGAACACAGCGAAAGCAGAGGCACAGCUGGCCUACGAGCUUCAAGCAGCGAAGAUAAGGCAACGGAUACGAAACGAAGAAAUUCAGAUCCAGGUGGUGGAGAGGCGCAAACAGAUAGAGGUGGAGGAACAGGAAGUCCGUCGAAAGGAACACGAGCUUCAGAGCACUGUGAGAUUACCCGCGGAGGCUGAACAUUACAAAAUUGGCAAAGUGGCCGAAGGAAAGAGGACGCAGACCGUGUACGCGGCCACAGCUGAAGCUGAGAAAAUUCGAUUGAUCGGAGAAGCAGAGGCUCAGUCCCUAGAAGCGGUUGGAGUGUCAGAAGCUAAUCAUAUGGAGUUGAAAGCCACCGUCUACAAGAAGUACGGCAAGGCUGCUAUUUUGAACAUCACUCUGAACGCUUUGCCAAAGAUUGCCGCGGAGGUGGCUGCACCAUUGGCGAGAACAGAGGAAAUCGUUCUUCUGGGCGGAAAUGAUGCGACCAGCGGAGAAAUUACACGCCUUGUGGGGCAAGUACCUCCAGCUGUUCAAGCACUGACCGGUGUAGAUAUUUCAAAAGUAUUAAGCCAAAUACCAGGAGCAAAGUAAUGGCGGACAGAGCAGCAACGGCGACCAGGCGAUCGAACACUCGAAAUCGGCUGAAGAAAAGAACAAAAUACUAUACUGUCAAAGGUUUCUCUGCUACUCUAUCAUCCAUCGGUGACACUCCACUUUGUUCUCUUUCCCGAAUUACUCUACCUCAAACGUAGAUGAAACGACGCUGAACACAACCGGUCAGAUCGGUCACGCCUCCGCCACGAAUGCGUCGAUCUUAAGGUCGAUCACAUACACCCGUCGAUCCGAUGACUCGUCACCUUCGUAUUACACCGUACUGGAUCACCACAACGCACAUAAAUCAUCUCAGCUUCAUCGUUGUUCGUACAUGCCGAUUUUUCGAGUAAUCCAACGUGCAUCGACUCUACACGAAAACAUCUUCGAUCCUACCGAAUCUUUCUCGACGAUCGAACUUUAAUCGACGCAACCCGUGUGAGAUUAUGAUAAAGGAAGGAAGAUAAACGUGGAAGAAUGUAGAAAUGAAAAUGAGAAAGGCGAAGAAAAUCGACGAACGAGCAGCGAAGAAAGAAAAAGGAAGUCCGUGGAAGAGGAAAUCGAGUACACAGUGAACGUAAACCGCUAUUAUUUGCGAGUCUAAUUGUGAUUGAAGACUCUCGCGAUAAUUGUGUUCAACUCCAUAAAUAAGGAACUUAACGAAGAGGAGAAUGGAUGAUGAGACGUUCGUGCGGAGUAGGCGACGUGGAAAUUAACUGUCCGUAGUCGUUGUAGAUACUCAUAGUAACGUGUGUAUCAUAGCAACUGGGGUUUCUACCUUGCUUAGAACGAGACGCAUCGAACGGGGAGAAAAAUUGUUCGUUCCCAAAUAUUAUUCACUUUUCCACGAUUCAGGAGGUGAAAAAUGUCGCAGGAUUCUUUGUUAUAGUUUGGAAAAUAUAAGAUGACGUUGUAUAGAGUGAUUUUUGGUAAAGUAUUUAAAUCAACUAUGUGAAAAUUCAGUUAAAAUACUCGAGUGGUGUUCCGAAUAGUUUAAUCACGUUCAAAAGACUUUGCUUCCAAGAAAAGCAAAUUCCUACGGCUUUACUUUCUCCUGAGAGAGUACAGCCACGUUUUUUAACUUGCACUGCGUGUCUUGCAUUCUUCUAUUUAUUGCGCGCGUUCGAAUAUUAGAAUAAGGUGUAUAAAAAAAUUAGUAUAUUUUAUCAACCAUCAUUCCAUACAAAGAAAUCAUUCAUUUUCAAACGGACUGCGCAAAGUCUAUAAAAACAUUCAAAGCAACUUCGGCAAUCAAAAUUUCUACCUGUGUAUAGCAGACUAAACGAUUCAACUAACCUUCUUCUUAUCCUCUCUGAGUAUACUAUACCCUCGAUCUUAACACCGCUUCGACGACAAAAAAUCCUAAAAUUCUCGAUAGGAGAAGACAAACGACCGUUCGAGUAUCCUCGUUCGAUCCGCGUUCGCACUCGAAAUUCUCUCGGUUGACCACGCAUCGGAAUCAAUCGCAUUCCCGCCACCAGACGUACUCUCCAAACCGAAGAAAGUGCCAAUGAAUCUGUAAAUACAGUAUCGUCUCGCCGCCGUAUAGCAGAACGAAUGAUAAUUUUCUAUUGCGUAACGAGCAUUCUGUUGUGUCGCACCUGUUUUUCCAAUUCGGUUCGCAAUAGUGCUCGCAUUCAAGCAAAACCUGUACGUACGAUGAUUUUUGUUCCAUGGAGAAUACUCGAGACGGACGAUUCCACCGCGCGAGAAGGAUGUCCAUCUCGACAUCGCGAUUACGAUGAUUGGAUCGUAGUUAAUGACUGCGAUAUCGGGCGUCACCGAGUACAAAUUCCAUUAUCCUGUCCCGAUGUAUA